UUUUUCCUCCGCCGACAUUGCGUAUUACAUCAUGUAUCUCUUUGAUAAAUUGAAACACGAGGUUCAAUUAAAUAAUAAUUAAAUUCGUAAUACAAAUCGACCGCGGAUAUGCAGAAAGCUCCUCGCAAUACUCGAUUUAUAUAAUUUUGUAAAUCGUACGUAUGAAAUUAUGAGAUUGCGUUUUCGCGAGGUUAUGUGUCUGUAUCGUGACAAGCGAAGGUGUCCUCCCUAAUUCCAAAACAAUUUUCAUUACGUUGAUUUUUACGAAACGAGCCAGAUGGGUUUGCUGACAGAUCCCAGAGCCGGGACCGGCAAGAUCAUAAAGUUGUUAUUAAAAUGGGAAAAGCCGUUGUGCUUCGCGUUAUAUGUGGGAGGAGUGAUAUGGUUGAUGCUGUUGGCGUUACCGGCAUUUAACGACAAUACUUACUUCUCGGAGAAUGCCUUGCUGCCUGGAUUAGUCACAAAGGAGAGUAACAUGGAGCAUACGUCCAAGCAAUAUUACCAUGAACUGAUUCACGAAAUGAAGAGAUACCCGGAUAGUAUGCCCUACGCAUGGCUUUCUGCAAAAUUCAGCCAGCUCCAUUUAGAUGUAUUUGUGCAUAACUUUUCCUUAAUCUAUCCAUUCCGAGAACAAAAGUUUACUGGACAAAAUAUUUAUGGCAUUGUUAGAGCUCCACGGGCAUCUAGUACAGAAGCUAUAGUAGUCAGUGUACCAUACAGGCCUAUCAAUAGUAUUUAUUUGGAUACAGCACCUUCAAUAGCGCUGUUACUUGCAUUUGCAAAGUUCUGCAGAAAACAGAAAUAUUGGGCCAAGGACAUAAUAUUUCUUGUAACAGAACACGAACAGUUGGGUAUGCAAGCAUGGUUGGAUGCAUAUCAUGGCGUUACUAGUGGUCAGGAGGGCAUAUUGAUGGCAGGAGAUUUAUCAGGAAGAGCUGGAUCUAUUCAAGCUGCCAUCAACUUGGAAUUUCAUGCCAUGAAAAUUACAUCGAUCGAUGUUAAAAUAGAAGGACUGAAUGGGCAACUGCCUAAUUUGGAUCUCUUUAAUUUAGCACAAAAUAUGAUAGCCAAAGAAGGGAUUCGUCAAUCCUUCCAACGUCGAUUUGACGUUAAUUAUAGAGAUAAAUACAAAAGCUGGUGGUAUCACUUUAAUACGUUAAUGAGCAUGAUAGCAACACAGGCUACUGGAAUUCCGACUGGAAACCAUGGACUCUUCCACAGAUUUGGCAUAGAAGCCAUUACAUUAGAAGGCUUUGAGAAAUCUGGACAAGGGUCAGAGGCAAAUUUUUAUCAAGUAGGACGAGUAGUGGAGAGUAUAGUACGAUCGCUUAAUAAUCUGUUGGAACGUUUUCACCAGUCGUAUUUCUUCUAUUUGCUACCAUCUACCGAUCGAUAUAUUUCUAUAGGUUUAUAUAUGCGACCUUUAGUGCUAAUAAUUGCUGGUGUGUUCAUAAAGGCAUUUUCCAUUUGGCAAAGAUUGCAGACUUCGAGUAAUUCCGAUGAAGCCAAGAAGGAGAAUGAAAAUUCGACAAACAAGAUGGAUGAAUUUGACAUCGGAAGCGUCGCAUCUGAAGUGCUGUGGGCACACAUAUUCGGAGUAUUAAUAAUGGCGUCUCCUCGCUUCUUCGCGUCCAUCGGUUCGCAAAUGUUGAACUUGCGUACAGAAGACUCGCUGUACGGCAGUUUCGCACUUAUUACGACUCUCACGUUGUUGUGGCGGCUCUAUUUGCGGAGAUCGGUCAGAUACGAAAAUGUAUCCCUCGUCUGCGUUAUCGCGUCGAUCGAGCUCGCUACUGCGUUGAUGUGCAUAGCGAUGCACAACUUCUCAUUGGCGUUACUUACUGCUGUUGUAUACGUACCGGUUGUCCUACUAAUAACACCUCGUCACGAGUCCAUCAAAUCCAGAUUGCGUGGCUGCCUGUACGUCGCGUGGAUCGCGCUGCACCCGUUCGUCGCGUCGGCAAUUGUCGUGCUGGGCUACACGUAUCUCAACUUCUUUACCGAUCCGAUCGUGUCAUUGCUCUUCAGGGGCUAUCGCGCCAACAAGCAGGCGCUCGUGUUCAGUAUCGUGGACUCUAUGAUCUACGGCAAUUGGUUUUACAACGUCACGACCGCCGUGAUGCUACCGAUCUGGCUGUUGUUUUGGAACGUCAUGCGCUCCAGUGCCGCGUGAUAAUUUCGUAAUAAAACGAUUGCAAAACCAA